AUGGAAGCAGCAGCUCAAUCCCAUCCACUCCCGCUUCUCCAAGACAUCGACCCGGGGGUCCGCCGUUUCCUUGACGCCCGAUUCCGCUCGGCGGCCGACCUCGCCACGGCCUCCGACGUCGAGGCCGAGAUCCGCGGGCACUGUGCGGAGCUAGAGGCCUCCAUUUCCAACCUGUACGUACGCCUUCAGGAAGCUGCCGCAGCGUACUCGUCUUGCUGCGAGGUCGCUGGUUCGGCCCUCCGUGGCGUCCGCGGCGGGCUUGGUGCCCUCAAAGCGUCCGGGUCAACAGGGGCUGGAGAAGAGGUGGAGGUGAGAACGGAGCAGAUGCAGUUCGAGCAACUCCCUGCUCUGGCCUCCGAGGUGGCGAGAGUGGAGAUGGUCAGAGAGUACGCCGAAAUGGCUCUCAAACUUGACAGUUUGGUGGGUGAUAUAGAAGAUGCUGUUUCUUCUUCUGUUACUGGAAAACUUAAAUCUCCUGUAGACAAUUCGGAGAAAACACAUCAUGUUGCUAUUGGAUAUCUUAAAAACAUAGAAGAUCUUUUAGCUUCUGUAACUACGACUAGACCACAAUGGACUCGCCUUCUAUCUUCCGUGGAUCACAGAGUGGACCGAUCUUUAGCUAUACUAAGACCACAAGCCAUUGUUGACCAUCGAUCUCUUCUUUCUUCCCUUGGCUGGCCUCCUUCACUUGCUGGCUCAAAAUUUUCAAGUAUUGAUUCUGGGAAACAAGCAGAGAUUGUAAACCCAUUGUUUUCGAUGCGGGGUGACCUGAAAAGCAAGUAUUCUGAGAGCUUCCUUGCACUAUGCAACUUGCAGGAAUUGCAGAAACGUAGAAAAGCUAGACAACUGAAAGGGCAUGAUGUGGGCAAUCAACUACGUCAACCAUUAUGGGUAAUUGAAGAGCUAGUAAAUCCAAUAUCUACAGCUGCACAACACCAUUUCUCAAAAUGGGCUGAAAAGCCUGAAUUUGUUUUUGCUCUUGCUUAUAAGAUAAUUAGAGAUUUUGUUGAUUCCAUGGAUGAGAUUCUACAGCCCAUUGUGGAUAAGGCCAACCUUAUUGGGUAUAGUUGUAGGGAGGAGUGGAUUUCAGGAAUGGUCAUUGCAUUGUCUACAUACUUGGUGAAAGAGAUAUUUCCUAAGCAGAUUGAACUUCUUCAGGAAAGUAGUAGCUCAAGUGAUGUAGUUAGCACGGCAUAUCAGGCUAGAGUCUCGUGGCUCAGCCUUGUUGACCUAAUGAUAUCUUUUGACAAGCGGAUUCAAGGUUUAAUCUCGGCCACUGGACUGCUACUUACGGUAAAGGAUGAUGACAGUUGGCAGAGGAUCUCAGUCCUCUGUGUCUUCUGUGAUCGCCCAGAUUGGCUUCAAGUGUGGGCAGAGAUUGAGAGACAGGAGAGUCUUAAUAAGCUGCAAUCAGCAAUGGAUUUAGAGAAAAAUUGGAGUGCAAGAAUUCAAGGAACAAUGCUUGAGUAUGACUCAGAUGAUUGCAAGUCUCCACUAAUCACCAGUGCCGUUCAUCAGACCUUGUCUUUGCUAAUUGAUCGUGCUCGUCCUAUCCCUAGCAUCACGCUUAGGGCAGAAUUCAUUAGGAUGUCUGCUGCACCCAUCAUAUCAGAAUUCCUUGGUUACAUGCUUCGGAGGUGUCAAGAAGCAGAGGGGCUAACUGCUCUGGCUGAUGAUAAUGCUGUGCUCAAGGUGUCACAAUCUAUCAAUGCAGCUCGAUAUUUCGAAUCCACAUUGACAGAAUGGUGUGAGGAUGUUUUCUUUCUUGAGAUGGAGAAUUUACCUGUAAAUGGUGAGAGUGGGUGUAUCUUUCAGCAAGAGAUAAAUCAUCUGAAAGAGUUCAGAGUGGAAUGGGCCGAUAAGAUUUCCACUGUCAUUUUGCGUGGAUUUGAUGCUCGUUCUCGGGAUUAUCUAAAAAAUAGGAGGCAGUGGCUGGAAAAAUCGGAGGGACCUGCUGUAUCCAGAACCUUCAUAGAAUCUUUAGACUACAUGCAGGGGCAACUAUCUAAGCUUCAAGGUGGCUUAAAUACCGUUGAUUUUGUGACGGUAUGGAGAAGUGUGGCAAGCGGGGUAGACCAGCUGCUUUUCGGCGGCAUUUUCACAAGCGGCAUAAAGAUUAGCAGCGAUGGAGUAGAAAGGCUACAGGGCGACCUGAGCGUUUUGUUUGCUAUUUUUUCAGCGUGGUGUCUGAGACCUGAAGGCUUCUUCCCUCGACUGUCUGAGGGAUUGAGGUUACUGAAGAUUGAUGAGCAACAACUCAAAGAUGGGGCGUUUACAGAUAAGAAUUGGCUGAGGGAAUAUGGCAUUAGGCAUCUGACAGCUGCUGACACUGAGAAGAUAAUAAAAAAUCGGGUAUAUGAUGCAUGA